UCGUCCCAUUCGACGCAACAACCCUGCACAAUUCAUUCGAAGUUUGUCUGGGCAAGUUUUUCGAACACACCGUUCGGUCUGAAAUUUGACGUAUGGUGUAAAUAAAGAAACAAAAUGACGUCACAAACGUAACCAAAACAAACCAAACUUUAUCAUCGUUUCUUUAGUGCUCGCACAAGUUCUGGUGUGUAAAUCAAAUUACCGAUAAUAAAUGCCCUUCUCCCCGUAGGCCGCGUUGGGUUUCCGGUGCUGAUUCAUUUACACGCCCAAGGAUAGUCACAUUCGAAACGAUGCGUAAACGGCAAAUCGAUACACUCAAGAUAUUCAACCACAACGUACAGGAGGUGAAAGAAAAUGAAGAAUAUUUAGUCAACUUUAACUGUGGUGGACGAGAAAUCGCCAUCAACAUACUCCUUGGAAGUGGUUUCCCGAAUGAAAAGCCAAAGCUUAUAGUGAGUCCCAUUCUUCGCCAUCCGUGGGUUAAUGGAACGACAGGAGAAAUAGAUAAUGCGCCCGGAAUACUGAAUUACACCAUUCAUUCUGAUCUUGGAAGGAUAGUGCAAGCGGUCGGAAGGGAAUUCGAAAAGCAUCCUCCAAAGUUCGUUAACGAGCCUACAUCCACACCGCAGCACCAUUCCCAACAUCAUGCACCGGUAGCGCAUCAGGCAUGCCGUAACGGAAACGUGCAAGAAUUCGGUUCCGAUAAUCGUAACACGCUGCUGUCACCAUCACACGAAUCGGAUCAAUACGGUUUGCGAAACCUCACCACCGAUGAGCUGAACCGGUUAAACACGGACGAGGACUUUCUGGAAGAGUUCAUUACAAAACUUCCUUUCGUGCAGCACCAGAGCGACGAAAUGGAUCAACUGCUGGCAGGAAUAGAAUCGCUUGCCGUGGAAAAUCUUGCCCGCAAGGAAGCAGUCGAGGAGCGCAAAUCGAAGGUGGAAUCGUUGGCACUCGAGUUCAAGGAUCUGGGCCAGCAGUGGGAAAGCAUGAACCAGCGCUAUCAGCGAAAGGCGGAAGAUUUUUCCCCACAACACAUUAAGGAACUGUUGCAGAUCGCUGUAUCGACGGCGGACGGUAAAAGCGACGACGAAGCACAGCGGUUUCUCGCUGGACAAAGUGACGUUGGCACCUUCCUGCAAAACUUUAUCGAAUCCCGCAAACUGUACACGAUGCGAAAAGCCAAAGAGGAACGAUUGGUUCAGCAACUGACCGCGCUGGAGCGUGCCGCCUUUUAAGGUGAAAUGAUAUUAACAAAAAAAUGCGUUUUUCUUGUGAUAUUCCAAAACGUAAAAGGUUAUACAUAUUAUUAUAAAAAUAAACAUUCUAAACGCGAAUGAAACGUUCCUAUGAUAA